GAUCAAGUCCUCACCGGAUCUGCAGACCGAAGGGAGCCAUCAUCGGAGUCAAUCAGUCAAUUUGUUUAAAGCGGUUUUCUUGUCGGAUUCUGGGUCCCGGUAUCGCUCCGAGUCUCGAAUUUAAUGUGAACCGUCGUCGGCUCGGCUGAGACCCUUUUAUGUAGUUGGUAGUCGAUCGGGAGACGAGUUGUUUUUUUUUAUUUGACCCUCGCCGUCGGACCGAGAGCGGAGGAAACGAUCAAGAGAAAGAGAGAAAAGACGAAGAUCCAGCUCGGAAACGGUUCGAAUCGGCUUCACGGGCACGAUCUCAUCCGGCGUCGAGCCUCAAACCUUAUCUCAGCAUCUGUAAGGUGAGAAAUCCCCCCCGAGAUGAACCGCCAGGCCGGCAACAAAAUCAACGUUCCCGAAGACUUCCGUAGCAUAUUGUUGGAGUUCACUGUCAAUUUCCUCCUCGAACAGCCGACCGACGUUAUCGAGUUCGCCAUACAACAUUUUAACCAGUUGAAAAUCAAAAGAGACCAGAGCACUGCCCUCAAACCGACGUCCCAAGACGAAAGCGCUUCCACAGACGACGAAGAUGAUUUGCCUCCAAAAAAAUUCAAUUCCAGAAGAAAAUCGGUGUUUGCUGAAGCUUAUGAUCCUGAGGACGACGACGACGAUGGAGCAGCUCCCCAAAUUUAUCCUAAAUCUGAUGAGCAGCGACAGCGUUUAGCAGAAAAUGUGCGCAAUAUACUCCUUUUCAGAUCGCUCGAUCAGGAACAAAUGAAUGAAGUUUUAGACGCAAUGUUUGAAAAAACUGUAAAAAAAGAUGAUGUCGUCAUCAAACAAGGAGAUGAUGGAGACAAUUUUUAUGUUAUUGAGAGCGGAACAUACCAAGCAUUCGUCAAAGGGGAAGGCAAUCAAGAUAAACUGAUCCAUACAUACAAUAACAGUGGAAGUUUUGGAGAAUUAGCUUUACUAUAUAAUAUGCCUCGAGCCGCCACUAUUGUGGCUGCUUCUGAAGGUUCACUGUGGGCUAUGGAUAGACAGACCUUCCGUAGGAUUGUACUCAAAAGCGCUUUUAAGAAGAGGAAAAUGUAUGAAGCUCUUAUUGACUGCGUGCCAAUGUUGAAAACCUUGCAGCCUUAUGAAAGAAUGAACCUUGCUGAUGCUCUUAUCCCCAAAUCUUACAAUGAUGGUGAAUGUAUAAUUCGUCAGUACGAUGCAGCUGAUGGGAUGUAUUUCGUUGAGGAUGGGAAAGCACAGAUAUCUAUGCUCGGUGAAAAUAACAAAGAAGUACCAAUUAAAACCAUAGAGAAAGGUGAUUACUUUGGAGAAUUGGCAUUAGUUACCCAUAGGCCUAGAGCAGCUUCAGCUUAUGCUAUAGGUCAUGUAAAAGUUGCUUUCCUGGAUGUGGAAGCUUUUGAACGUCUGUUAGGACCUUGUAUGGAACUAAUGAAACGGAACAUUGAUGACUAUGAAACGCAGAUUGAAAAAAUAUUUGGAGCUAAAAUCAACAUGGAUGAUGUCCGAUGAAGACCUUAAUACUAAUAAAUCCACCAGCAUAAGUUCUGUUUAUUUAGCUAAACUAAAAAUUUCAAAUAAUUCUAGAACACAUAAAUCAUACAUCAGUUCAAUGUGCUCCAAGCGACAAAUUUCAAGGUGUGUCUGUUUUGUGGCCAAGGUAAGCAAAUAGUAAUUUUUAAAACGUAAUGUGAACAUUGUCGUGGAUUANUAUAUAUAUGUGCGCUACCUUAUUAAAUGUGUAAUUUGUUGACAUUUCUAAGUACAUAUCCUCUUCAUCAUAAAAAAUAAUUAUUAUACAGGAUAAAUAUACAUUUACAAACUAUGCCUUAAUUUCAUGUUUGUAUUGUAUACCAUCUGUUUUACUUUUGUAGCUGAAUAUAUUUAAAAAUUUUACGAUUUAUUUUUUCUCUUAAGCUGGUGGCAAACAAAAUACACUGUUUUAAAUAUUGUUAAAGAUUUAUUUUAUUUUUAUGCUGAAAUUGUUGGUUAAAAUUUUUUAUGAUAAAGCAGGGUUCGUGGUAGUUGAAAUAUGUUUCGUGAACACUAUAUGGUUUUGGUAGAAGUUAAUAAUGAUUUUUUCUGAGUCAAAAUUCAAUCCAAGCGGUCCAAAAUAUGUUUUACAAUUUAAUUUUGCGUUUAGUAAUGUUAAUACACAAUUUUUGAGCAUUUGCCAAAUGUGAAAUGAAUAAAAAUAUAAAAUAUUGUUGUCAUGGA